AUGCAAAUUAACAUUUGCGGAGUGUAUCCCAUUUUCAGACACACCCAAAUAUCCAACACUUGUCUGUUUGAAGACAGGUGGGAGCUGUGUGUCUUGGCAAAGUUUCCAAGUGCAAAUGGAGAAAAUUGGAUUGUGAAAAAAGCGCGGCACCCAGUUUUCGAAGCUACAAACCUCCGCAGUAGGGGCAUCCGCACCAUCCAAAGCAAUGGCCCAGGUAACAGCAGAAAUUGUCUUCCUGGAAAGAUGGCUUGCGACAUAACGAAUCGUCAACUUCGUUCUGAAAAUCCACUGAAAUGCACUUCCAACAUCCAAUAA